AUGAAUCCUGGCAGGCGUCGGGCGCUGCGGCUGCUUCUGGCCUGGGGUUGCCUGUGCAUUUGCCUAGCUAUGUCAGAAGAUUCUGGUACCGAAGGCCUAAGCUCAACUUCUUUGGUAGACUUCAUAACAAUGUCCCACUUUAAGUCUCUGGAUUCCAGUGAACAGACCAACUUAGAAUUAUCGGAGUCUGAUUUUGGUCCUGGUGCCUUGCAAGUCUCACCUGGUUCAGGAUUUUUCAGUGAGGAAAAGGAAGACUCCAAGGUCCUCCAGUCUCAGUAUUUAUGGGAAGAAGGUGGAGACAGCAAUGAUUCCAGUGUGUAUGUGGGGCCAGCAGCAGAUUACAGUUUUCCACGUGCUUCUCAAAAAGCCUUGCCCAAAGAAAAUGGAACACAAGUGAAAGAUGCCCAAGAAGGCCCCACUUUUCAUCCCGUAUCUGAUUCCCUUGAUCUAGACUCCGAAGCCCCUUCCACCGGAGUCCUUGAGGAAGAGGAGGAAGGAUUGCUUCCUAUCAACCAGUCAAAGGGAAUGACUCAAAGCAGGCAAAUGUCAAAAACCACUUUUUCUGAAACACCUACAGAGGAUUCUUUAUAUUCUAUCCUGUUUUCCACCAUGGCCAGCAGAAUGGAUCCAGCUACGAACAAGCAUGGGAAAGAAUCUGCGCUUGAGUAUUCCUCUUCAGGCUUUGACCUAGGAAGCAGCAUGGGACCCAGUCUCCUGCCCUUGUCUCCCAUCUUUUCAACUGACACUACUACAGACCCCCAGUUGGUCUCAGAACUUUCUCCCAAGAUUACCCAAGAGAGCUCAGUGGCUGCAGUAGAAAUAGCAGGGAAACAGUUAGCAACAGUAGCUGCAGUAGAAGGUGAUCUACCAGAAGGAAAAGCCACAACACAUGAGGAGGUUUCAAAACCUGUAGCAGGAACAAUUGCAGCUGAGAGGGAACUGACAAGAGAAGAUCUCAUAGGUUCUCAUGAGGACAAUUUCCAAGUAACUGAGACUGUUUCCAGGACUCCUAACAGCCUAUCAGAUCCCAGCUCUUUGGGGCAUUUUUGGGACUGGACCAGCGGACGAACCCCAACUCCAACUGCUAAUCAGAAUAGUCAGGAUACAAAAGUGCCACUCAUCACAACAGCUGCAGCAGAAAAGAGCUAUACAGCACAAAACAGAGAUCUCCUGCUUGCCUCAGGAGUUCCCUGGAGUUUGACACAGAUUAUCUGUAAGGACUGGAACAACCUGGCAAGCAAAAACUACAUCAUCCUGAACAUGUCAGAUAACAUUGAUUGUGAAGAGUUCCGAGUGGAGAGAGGCCUCCGGUUGCUGGCCCUGAUGGAGGAUGCCUUCUCCAGAUAUGACAAUGGAUUGCAGGGGCAAUGGUUGAUCUCAUUAAACAAACCUAAUGAGAACGACAAACAUCUGUUGAUGACCCUGGCAGGAGAACAUGGGGUUGUUCCAACAAAUGAUGUCCUCUUGGCAUUAGGUGAUGUGCAGAAAAGUUUAGCUGAGAUUGGAAUUCAGAACUAUACAACUACAUCAAGUUGCCAGUCACAUCCCAGCCAGACACACAGCGAUUAUGGGAAGCUCUUUGUGGUGCUGGUUAUUAUCGGCUCAAUUUGUGUCAUCAUCAUUAUUAUGGGACUGAUUUACAACUGUUGGCAGAGACGCAUGCCCAAAAUGAAGAACAUGUCACAUGGUGAAGAACUACGAUUUGUUGAAAACGGUUGCCAUGACAAUCCCACCUUGGAUGUAGCCAGCGAUAGCCACUCUGAGAUGCAAGAAAAGAAGCCGAGUGUAAAUGGUGGGGGAGCUGUUAAUGGACCGGAGAGCUGGGAUGUUCUGAUUAGCAAGCAAACGAAUGAAGAGGGAGAGGCGUUUGAGGAAGACACCCACCUCUAA